AUGUCUGCGGCCACAGCCACCGCCCAGGCUCCUCAGGGGCCGGUAAAUCCGCCCCCUCCAGAAGUCACAAACUCCAACAAGCCAGGUCGUAAGACCAAUCAGCUCCAGUACAUGCAGAAUGUGGUGGUGAAGACACUUUGGAAGCACCAGUUUGCCUGGCCAUUCUACCAGCCAGUAGACUGUAUCAAGCUCAACCUACCUGACUAUCACAAAAUAAUCAAGAAUCCAAUGGAUAUGGGGACAAUAAAAAAGAGACUUGAAAAUAACUAUUAUUGGAGUGCUAAUGAAUGCAUGCAGGAUUUUAAUACCAUGUUUACAAACUGUUACAUCUACAACAAGUCCACAGACGACAUCGUGUUAAUGGCCCAAGCCUUGGAGAAGAUAUUCCUGCAAAAAGUGGCACAGAUGCCCCAGGAGGAGGUGGAAUUAUUGCCCCCAGCUCCAAAAGGCAAAGGGAAGAAGCCAACACCACCAACAGCACAAACGCCAGCUGCUGCGCAAGCCUCCUCAGUCUCCACCGUGAGCCCAACAGUUCAGCUAACAAAUAUUGCCCCUGUAGUUUCUCAGACUCCAGUGAUCGCUGCCACUCCUGUGCCAACUAUAACGGCUAAUGUCAACCCUCCAGCUGCCACUACAGCACCACAGCCUUCUGCAGCCGCUCCUGUUCCAGUAGCAUCAGUAGUCCCACCAGCAGCCCCUGUUGUUAAGAAAAAAGGAGUGAAGAGAAAAGCAGACACUACCACUCCCACCACCUCUGCCAUAACCGCCAGUCGCAGUGAAUCGCCCGUCCCCAUGUCUGAUCCCAAGCAAGCAAAAGUGUCCAACAGACGGGAGAGCACUGGGCGCCCAAUUAAGCCACCAAAGAAGGAUUUGGAGGAUGGAGAAAUCCCGCAGCAUGCUGGAAAGAAAGGCAAAUUGACAGAGCACCUCAAAUACUGUGACAGUAUCCUGAAGGAGAUGCUCUCCAAGAAACACGCCGCAUAUGCUUGGCCUUUCUACAAACCUGUUGAUGCUGAGGCCUUGGAGCUGCAUGACUAUCAUGAUAUCAUCAAACAUCCCAUGGAUCUCAGUACUGUUAAGAAAAAAAUGGAUGCCCGGGAAUAUCAAGACGCUCAGGCUUUUGCUGCUGAUAUACGGUUAAUGUUUUCAAACUGUUACAAGUAUAACCCACCUGAUCAUGAAGUAGUCGCCAUGGCCAGGAAAUUGCAGGAUGUUUUUGAGAUGAGAUUUGCAAAGAUGCCGGAUGAGCCUGUGGAGCCCCCAGCCCCACCCCCGGCCCCUGCUCCAGUGGUCAGUAAAAGUGUAGAGAGCAGUCACACCAGUGAGGAGAGUUCCUCUGAGACUGACAGCUCUGACUCUGAGGAAGAGCGAGCCACGCGGCUGGCCGAACUCCAGGAGCAGCUGAAGGCUGUACAUGAGCAGCUGGCUGCAUUGUCACAGGCACCGGUCAACAAACCAAAGAAAAAGAAAGAGAAAAAAGAAAAAGAGAAGAAGAAAAAGGAUAAAGACAAAGAAAAGGAAAAAGAGAAAGAGAAGCACAAGGUGAAGACUGAAGAGGAGAAGAAGAUUAAACCAGCCCAGCCAGCCAAGCCCGUUCCACCUAAGAAAGCGCCCACAAAGAAAGCGAACAGCACGACGACCACCACCAAGCAACCGAAGAAAGGAGGAAAGCAGCCUCCGACCGCCAACUACGACUCGGAUGAGGAGGAAGAGGGUCUACCCAUGACCUACGAUGAAAAGAGACAACUCAGUUUAGACAUCAACCGGCUCCCGGGUGAAAAGUUAGGCCGAGUCGUCCAUAUUAUACAGUCCCGGGAACCAUCCCUAAGAGACUCCAAUCCUGAUGAGAUAGAAAUCGAUUUUGAGACUCUGAAACCCACCACACUGAGAGAGCUCGAGAGAUAUGUCAAAUCUUGUUUACAAAAAAAAACAGCGCAAACCUUUCUCAGCCUCGGGGAAGAAGCAAGCGGUAAAGUCCAAGGAAGAGUUGGCUCAGGAAAAGAAAAAGCAGUUGGAGAAGAGACUCCAGGAUGUGAGCGGCCAAUUAAAUAACAAGAAACCCACGAAAAAAGAGAAGUCUGGUUCAGGAGCAGCCGGAGGUCCAUCCCGGCUCAGCAGCAGUAGCAGCUCCUCAGAAUCCGGAAGCAGCAGCUCCAGCGGGUCCAGCUCUGACAGCAGUGACUCCGAGUAA